CCCGGCGAAAUGGCUUCUGGAGUAACAGUGAAUGACGAAGUCAUAAAGGUUUUUAAUGACAUGAAAGUAAGGAAAUCUUCAACCCCUGAAGAGAUUAAAAAAAGAAAGAAAGCUGUUCUUUUCUGCUUAAGCGAUGACAAAAAACAAAUAAUUGUAGAGGAGUCAAAGCAGAUAUUGGUUGGUGACAUUGGAGAUACUGUGGAGGACCCCUAUACAGCCUUUGUGAAGUUGCUACCUUUGAAUGAUUGCAGAUACGCUUUGUAUGAUGCCACAUAUGAGACAAAGGAAUCUAAGAAAGAAGACCUGGUAUUUAUAUUCUGGGCUCCCGAAAGUGCACCUUUAAAAAGCAAGAUGAUCUACGCAAGCUCUAAAGAUGCCAUUAAAAAGAAAUUUACAGGUAUUAAACACGAGUGGCAAGUAAAUGGUUUGGAUGAUAUUAAGGACCGUUCAACACUUGGAGAGAAAUUGGGAGGCAACGUUGUAGUUUCACUUGAAGGAAAACCCUUAUAAAAAGACAGACAAGUGCCAUCUGGAUCUAAGGAGCUUCCAUUUCUGCAGCUCGUUCAAUUGGAAUAGUAUUAGUCCCCCCAUCCCCUUCCCUCCUCAAAAAAAUAAGUCCCUUUCCCUAAUGCCCCUGAAGGAGAUGUAAUUGUUAAGCAGUCUACCAGUGAUUGCCAUUAGACUGUUUAAUCCUGGUAGUUUUAUGUAGGAUCCAAGGAAUGCUUUCACGUCAUGCUCUUAGCCAAAAGUGACGUGGCAGGCAUUCCUUGCAACGUGUACAAUGAAUGUGAUAGUUAAUGUGAAUAGUCUAGCAGACAGCAAAGGGUAAGCUAAUUGAAUGCCUUGAAAGUAUCGUCCACUGGUCGGAUGGUAGACUCUAUACAGUAUUACUUACAGUUGCACUUGAUUGCAGUUCCAUGAGGCUCUUGUGCAUUCAUACACCUCACCUGCCUUGACAAGCCUAUUUUUUGUGACAUGGCAGCACACAACACUAUGCAUUUAAAGCACUUUUUUGUAAGAUGUUUGACCCGCCCCUCCCCCCCAAAGGAAUGCCAAUUAAGUUGCUGUAACUAUGUCAUCAGAUUAUUGUAGUACCUCAGUUUUCAUUCCUGUUACAUGCAUAUCUUUAUAAAUGAAGUAGCUGUUACGAUGCCUUUUGUUUUCCAUUGAAUGUACACUACUGAACAGGAGUAGAAGUUACCUGUUUACCAUGUGAGUCUUGAAACACUAAAGUUUUGUAAAACAUCAGUCACGGUGGCAAUUUCUGUACUGAAAAGAGCCUUAAAUGGAACAUUGGUGGUUUUUUUCUUUUGGGGUUUUUUUGAGAUCAAAAACUGGCCACGUUGCAAUAAAACUUGUGGCUUAUUACAGAACGUUGCCUUGUUUUCAUUGGAGAAUAUAGUUUUUAAGUGUUUAAGCAUAUUUCAAAUAACGUCUGUGGGAAGUAUUGUAAAGAUAAGCAAUCAUUAAUCUCCUGUUAAAUAAUGCAAGUUGGGUUUGUUUUCUUUUGUUUUUUUUUUCCAUUCCUAAUCACGAUUUAGGCACUGCUUUACAAUACUUUGUGGCUCUAUUCUGAUAAUUCGAUAAAGGACGUGAUCCUAGUUUACUGUCAAAAGUAAAGAAGCUACCACUACUAGAGACC